AUGAGAGGUCUGAGUCUCAGCGGGGGGGUUCUGGUGCUCCUGCUGCUCUGGACGCUGGCGGUCGCCGUUGAUGGAGCCGCGGAACGAGGUGGAGCUGGAAGAAGAAGAGGAGGAGGAGGAGGAGGAGGAGGAGGAGGAGGAGGAGGAGGAGGAGGAGGAGGAGGAGGAGGAGGAGGAGCGGACAAGAAGAGGAAGUUUCAUCGUAUCCAACAUGGUCAGUGCAGCUACACCUUCGUCCUGCCGGAGCUGGACGGCUGCCGAGCAGCGCCGCCGCAGGCCGGGGGGGGCGGAGCCCUGCAGAGAGACUCGCCGCCGCUCGAUUGGUCGACUCACAGACUGCAGAACCUGGAGAGCUCCAUGGAGAACAACACGCUGUGGCUGCAGAAGCUGGAGAACGUCCUCCAGAGGAGCGCCGAGCCGUCCCACGCCGCUCACGAGCGAACGGCCGCCAUGCUGGAGAUCGGGAGCGACCUCCUCACGCACACAGCGGAGCAGACCCGCAAGCUCAACGUGGUGGAGGCCAAGGUGCUGAACCAUACGUCUCGGAUUGAGAUCCAGCUUCUGGAGAACUCCCUGUCCACCAACAAGCUGGAGAAGGAGCUGCUGCUGCAGACCUCCGAGAUCAGCCGGCUGCGAGACAAGAACAGUCGGCUGGAGAGUAAAGUCCAGAGGUUGGAGUCUCAGCAGGAAGGAGAGCUGGAGGACAUGCAGGAGGAGAAGCACCGGCUGCAGUCUGUCGUCAGGACUCAGAUGGAAGCGAUCGAUUCGUUAGAGAAGCAGCUGAGAGUCGCCAGCAGCAACAACACGGCUCUGCAGAGGCAACAGGCUCAGCUGAUGGAGUCUGUUCACACGCUCAUUAGCAUGGUGGCUAGUGCUACAGGGUCUCCUCCCAGGGACCAGAUGUUCAGGGACUGUGCAGAUGUGUACAAAGCAGGUCACUCAGUCAGCGGUCUGUUUACCAUCUACAUCAAUAACACCACUGAACCUGUGCAGGUGUUCUGUGACAUGGAGACGAGUGGAGGAGGCUGGACGGUGUUCCAGCGUCGGUUGAACGGCAGCGUUGACUUCCAGAGGAGCUGGAGGGAAUACAAGAUGGGCUUCGGGGACGCGUUGGGGGAACACUGGCUGGGGAACGAGCUGAUGCACCUUCUGACCAGUCGGGGCCAGUACUCCCUGAGAGUGGAGCUGAGGGACUGGGAGGGAAGCCCCGCCCACUUCCAGUACGACCGAGUCACACUGACCAGUGAGAGUCAACAGUACAGGUUGUACCUCAGAGGCUACAGUGGGACAGCAGGGAGGCAGAGCAGCCUGGUGACACACGGGACCGGGUUCAGCACCCGGGACCAGGACAACGACAACUGUGACCACUGCAAGUGUGCUCUGAUGCUCACUGGAGGCUGGUGGUUUGACGCCUGUGGGUUCUCCAACCUGAACGGUAUUUAUUACACCGUCGGCCACAACAUCAGGAAGCUCAACGGCAUCAAGUGGCACCACUUCAGAGGCCCCAGCUACUCCCUCCGCUCCACCUCCAUGAUGGUACGACCCUACGACUUCUAA